UUUUUGCUCCAGCCAAGCCAUUCGUUCAUAUUCUGUCCCCAAGUUUAUCACGAAAUAAAGAAAAAAAAAAUAAUUAAAUAAAAAGACACACUCGCCGUCAAGACCAAGAUGCGCCAGUCCAUCGGUACUUCGCUGCUUUACCUCAUCGGGGGAGCAAACCUCGUCCUUGCCGCGUGCGAGAACUACAGCUUCACGACAUGCGAUGAUGGCAUUGUCCACUGGUACGAUCUGAAGGACGGCCAGAUCUGCGACCCCAAGGACUGCGGAGGCGGCCGGGCUCCUCCCAGAACCGACGUGCCGGGCUGCCCCCUGUAUUCGGGCACGAUCCUCAGCGAGCCGAUCUCGUACCUCUCGUGCUUCACUCCGUCGAAUGCCGUGCCAGUGACGACUUCGACUCCUGCUGGCAGUGCUGGAACAACUGCCGAUGUUGUAAUCACAAGCGCCAUCUCGACCUCUGACGCUGGAAGAACGACCCAGGAGCCGGCGAGCGAGACCAGCACUGUCGAUUCGUCUGUCGCUUCCGGUAAGCCGUCGACCUUGAUCACGACUGCUGCCUCUUCGCCUGCUUCCGCUUCGACCAAGACUCCCAUUACGAGCCCGGCAACUCUCUCCACUAAGAGCCAAGCUACCCACGCAGCUUCAAACACAACGAGCGGCAGUGCUUCAACGACGUCGACUACGAACGCUGGAAAUGCGGUGGGUGGCUCAUUGUUGGCCGUGGCUGGAGUUGCCCUUGGAGCUUUUGCUCUGCUGUAG